GGAGAAAGAACAGAGAACAAAGAGAGCGAGAGAGAGAGAGCAAAAAUAAGAGCGCUGUGCUGGUGUUAUGCAUCGUGUUAGAAAAUGUGAUUUCAGUUGCUAACGUCAGUAGCGGGCUGUAGUGAUAGGUAGUUCUCUCUGUACAUUAUAAUAUAAUAAAUAGCAGCUGGAAAACACUCUUUUUUGCACGUACAGCCAGUGAGUAGCGCGUACUGGCCCGUCGCUACGCAUUGAGGCAGCAACCAGUCUUUCUAAUUGUGGCUCUGAUGACCCGCUGCACCUGAGACAUGGCAAGCAAUCUCAGCGGCGAAUCCUAUCUGCUUUCAUCUGAGCAUCUAGACAGAUAGAGACCACCGUCACUCUCCGCCAAUGCCGCUUUCCACUCCACGAUGAGCGUAGCUUUGCAAGACCUCAGGAACAAUUUAAAGUUAAUUGAAUUGGGCCCUAAUUGUGUCCCAGAGCUUUCAGAGCACACGACCAUGCCUGCUGAUGAAGCUGCUGGAUCACAGCCCAGAAGCCAGCGAGGCUGGUGUGAGAGUUAGACAGCAGGGCCCUGCCUCCGAUCCAGAGCAGAGAUGUCGAACUACAAGCGCGCAACUUUCGAGGACGACGAUGUCCCUGACAUCCCCACCGAUGGUGCAGCUUCCCCGGACUGCGUGGAGGUCGGCUUCAGGAAGGGAGGUGUCCACUCUCUGGGUGCCAUGGGCAGGAGGACCCAGCUGGAGGUGAUCCUGACUGGCCUGCUCCUGGUGACGGUCCUAGCCUUGUUCGGGUGUGCCAUAUCCCUGGGGAUCCGCUACAGCACAGACCCGGCCCGCACCAUGUGCCUGACGGAGGCCUGCAUUACGGUGUCCUCUAAGAUCAUCGAGGCCCUGGACCGCAGCGUGGAUCCCUGCGAGGAUUUCUACCAGUACGCUUGCGGGGGCUGGAUGAAGAAGAACCCACUCCCUGACGGGCGCUCUCGCUGGAGUACCUUCAACAGCAUCUGGGACCAGAACCAGGCCAUCCUCAAACACCUGCUGGAGAACACCACAUUUAACUCGAGCAGCGAGGCGGAGAAGAAGACGCAGCACUACUACCUGUCCUGCCUGAACGAGCAGAGCAUCGAAGAGCUGGGAGCCCAGCCGCUCAUAGACCUCAUCAACAAGAUCGGGGGUUGGAACAUCACUGGACCCUGGGAUAAAGACAACUUCAUGGAGGUGCUGAAGACUGUCUCGGGACCCUACAGAGCUAUGCCCUUCUUCACCAUCUAUGUGAGCGUUGACCCAAAGAACUCCAACAGCAAUGUCAUCCAGGUCGACCAGUCGGGACUGUUCCUUCCCUCUCGGGAUUAUUACCUCAACAAGACGGCCAAUGAAAAGGUGUUGACAGCGUACCUGGAGUACAUGGCUGAGCUGGGCAUGCUCCUGGGCGGGGAUCACAACGCCACGCGGGCGCAGAUGCAGCAGAUCCUGGACUUCGAGACCAUGCUGGCCAACAUCACCGUGCCACAGGAUGAGCGGAGAGACGAGGAGAAGAUCUACCACAAGAUGACCAUCGCAGACCUGCAGACUCUGGCUCCAGUGAUUGAUUGGCUGGAUUACCUGUCCUCGGCAUUGUCUCCGCUGGACCUGAAUGACACAGAGCUGGUGGUGGUGUACGCCAGGGACUACCUGCAGCAGGUAUCGGAGCUCAUCAACAAGACUGACAAGAGCCUGUUGAACAACUACAUGCUGUGGAACCUCGUGCAGAAGACAGCCUCCAGCCUGGACCAGCGCUUCGAGAACGCCCAGGACAAGCUGCUGGAGAGUCUGUAUGGCACCAAGAAGUCCUGCACGCCUCGCUGGCAGACAUGCAUCGGAAACACGGAUGACACGCUGGGCUUCGCUCUGGGGGCGCUGUUCGUUAAGGCAACAUUUGACAAGCACAGCAAAGAGAUUGCAGAGGGAAUGAUCAAUGAAAUCAGAUCAGCUUUCAAGGAGGGACUAGAUGAGCUCAGCUGGAUGGAUAGCCAGACCCGACAAGCAGCUAAAGAAAAAGCAGACGCCAUCUAUGAUAUGAUCGGGUUUCCUGAUUUCAUUCUGGAUAACAAAGAUCUGGAUGAUAUUUAUGAUGGAUACGACGUUUCCGAAGACUCCUUCUUCCAGAACACACUGAACUUCUACAACUUCUCAGCCAAAGUGAUGGCAGACCAGCUCCGGAAAGCACCCAACAAGGACCAGUGGAGUAUGACGCCCCCUACAGUCAAUGCUUAUUACAUGCCGACGAAGAACGGGAUCGUCUUCCCAGCGGGCAUCCUGCAGGCCCCCUUCUAUGCCAGGGACCACCCCAAGGCUCUGAACUUUGGUGGAAUCGGAGUGGUGAUGGGUCACGAGUUAACGCACGCCUUCGAUGACCAAGGAAGGGAAUACGAUAAGGAUGGGAACCUUCGACCCUGGUGGCAGAAUUCCUCGCUGGAGGCCUUUAAGAACCGCACAGAGUGUAUGGAGGAGCAGUAUACCCAGUACAGCAUCAACGCAGAGCACAUCAAUGGCAAGCAAACCCUGGGGGAGAACAUCGCCGACAACGGGGGGCUCAAAGCUGCCUAUCACGCAUACCGGUCGUGGCUCCAGAAGAACGGUGAGGAGCAGCUGCUCCCGGCCGUGGGGCUCAACAAUCACCAGCUCUUCUUCGUGGGAUUUGCACAGGUCUGGUGCUCGGUCCGGACCCCCGAGAGUGCCCACGAGGGGCUGAUGACUGACCCCCACAGCCCGCCCAAGUUCCGGGUCAUCGGCACGCUCUCCAACUCCAAAGACUUUGCGGAACACUUCAAAUGCCCCAUGGGCUCUCCGAUGAACUCGGGCCAGCGCUGCGAGGUGUGGUAGAGCAGCUGAAGCAAGGCACUGGACUUCGCUUUGUGUAAAAGACAAAAUAAUGCUGGAAUUCAAGAGACAAGCCUGAGCGAGAAAGAGAGUUAGAAUACGGGCUGUCUUUAUGUUUAUGUCCUUCAUUAUGACAGCGCACCACCAUUCCCUGUCCAUUCUUUGAUCUUGUCUGUUAAAUCUAAGUUGUUCUUGUUUCGAUCGAAUAUUUAUAAUAACAGCUGUGUUCUGCAAAAGACACAUUCUGGUUAGUGGGUUGCUGGGUAAAGAUAUUAAAGCUGAAAAAAAAAAAAGACUGCUAAAGUCUUGACCCCGUCUAGUGAGAGUGGACCAUGCACUGAUGUGCGACUCCCAUAGCUGUUGUCUGGAAGGCAUUGUCUGGUGUUUCUGUGUCACUCUGCUCUGUAUCAGUUCAAUCAGCACACAGGGAGCACACAGGGAGCACACUGAGACAAUGGAUGCUGAAAUAUUCCAAAUGUUUGUCACCCUGCUGAGUAACCAGUAAGAAUGUUCAUUUACACAGCAUCAAUCCGUUCACUCAGUUUACUGCACAAAGUUAUAGUUCUGUCAAAUAAAAAAUAAACUAUAGGAAGACCAAAAUAGCGCUAGCAUCCCAUUCAAAUAAAAUACACAUCUUCAGAUUCUUUCAGAUUCUUUCAGCUAGUCUAUCACCAAUGAUAACAUGGCUAAAUUACAACAAUUUGCACCUUUACGUCUCUUUAAAAUGCUGCCAUUGAAAAAAAAAGAUCUUCAUUUAAUGUGACAUGGCAAAAUGGUGUCUCCCACUGGCUAGAACGGGGGGGGGGGGGCACGUUGGUACCUACUAUAUAAUAGCAGCUUAGUACUUAGUGCCCAAUCUGAGGUCCCUGGUCUUGUGCAUUUGUAAAGUUUCUAAUGUUCAUUGAGACAUUCUCAACUGAAUUGUGGAGCCCCGAUAAUUCCCAUUCAAACCUAGACGAGCAAUGGCAGAGCUGCUGCACUGCUCACUCCCAGCAGGGGUCACUAUUGUGCAAGAUGGUUUGUCCAAUGGGGUCAGGCAACUUAAAAGGAGGCGUGUAAACAAGUGUAAACAGAAACUUCAGUGAAAUGCCUUUAAAUAUGCCAGCUCGGAGUGUUGUGUUUCCUGCUGGCUCCCCCUUGGACUGGCUUGUUCUGAGGCUGUCUGAUAACUCCAGUACUGUCACAGAGGUUCACCUUUUCUUUUCUAUGACAUAAUUUUCAGAUUAGCCACAUCACUUCUCUAACAAAGUUCCUGUCAUGGUCUCCUGUUUAAACUCUGGCGCUCACCCUUCUAGUUCAAUCUGAUUCGUGGAAGUAUACAUUGUGACAUCACUGAGGUACAGAGUGAACUCUGAUUGGUCCUUGCCCUGCUGGGUUUAGACUUUUACUUAAGUGAUGUCACAGUUCUGUUCUGCUGCGUUGGACCGGUAAGGCGAGGUGCGCUCAGAGAGCCAGUGUCACAGCAUGCAGCAGGCAGGUGAAUAUCUCCAUCUAUAUAUCUGAUACAUAAAGGGGUGAUCCAAUAAUCAACUACACGACUGUAAACCAAAUCAGUUUGGAAUUCAUUAUGGAUUAAUAAGAACUACAAGAAGCCACAGUGUUGCAUUCAGCCGAGUCUCAUUACUGUGAAGGAAAGACCAGACGAUGACAAGCCUGUGGAUCACAGGGGGGACUGUGCAGGUACUGGAGUGUCCAAUUCACUCCAUUUCCUAGGCACUGCCACACUAUUUCUCAAGCCACUGCCCAGCUCACUCUUUGUAUGUUGGUAUCUUGUUAUUCUUAAGCCUUAUUUAAUGUAAUGAAAUUGUUACGAUUGUAUGUGAAUUUGUUUUUCAUUGCUGGCUUUUUUUGUUUCUUUGUUUUUUUGAUUGUCGGAGAGCCAAUCUUCUGUAUGAAACACACUGUAUUUGACCUGAGGGUUGAUUAAAUCCCUUUGCAUUCA